AUGGCUAAUGCAUCCAAUCUCGUCAUCUUUGACAUUGCAGCAAACAAUAUUACAGGGCCUGUACCAAACAAUUUUGGUAGUCUUCGUAAUCUGAAAUGGCUAAAUCUGGGUUUUAAUCCACUUGGAGUCAAUCAGCAGCCUAAUGACCUUGGUUUCAUCAAUUCUCUGGUCAAUUGUACCUCUCUGUGUUAUUUAAACAUAAAUGGGAAUGGUUUAACAGGGGAUCUCCCGAGUUCCAUUGUAAAUCUCUCCAUCACCAUGACAGAACUACAUAUGUAUGGAAACCACAUAUACGGAAAAAUACCUUCUGAGAUUGUAAAACUUGUGAACAUGACAGUACUUGAGCUGGCCUACAACUUCUUGACGGGGAGCAUUCCGGAUUCAAUUGGGGAGCUACCAAAUUUAGGCAAACUAGAUUUGGGCAGUAACAACAUUUCAGGAGCAAUCCCAACUUCCAUCAGCAAUAUUACUCAGUUAGUUGCUCUCAAUUUAGAAAGUAAUAUGCUCCAAGGAAGCAUCCCCACUGGAUUGCUUAAUAUCUCAACUUUGGAGGUCCUUUCUCUUGGGGACAACAACCUUGGAGGUGUAAUAACUGAGGAAAUUGUCGGAAAUUCUUCCCAGUGUGUUUUCCUUUAUCUUAACCAAAAUUUCUUCUCAGGACCACUACCAUCAAACAUUGGAAGGCUGAAACAUCUGGUUCAACUUAAUGUUUCGAACAACAAACUGACGGGCGAUAUACCAGCUACUCUGGGGGAUUGUGUGAUGUUAGAAGAACUAUAUAUGCAAGGAAACCUUUUUGAAGGUGAAAUUCCAUUAUCUUUGAAAUCUUUGAAAAGUCUUGCACUUCUAGAUCUUUCAAAUAAUAAUGUAUCUGGAAGUAUUCCAGGAUUUAUUAAAGGGUUUCAUUUGAUUAAAUUUCUGAAUUUGUCGCACAACACGCUUGAAGGAGAAGUGCCUAAAGAUGGUCUAUUUUCAAACAUGAGUGCAUUUUCAGUCUUGGGAAAUUCGCUGCUCUGUGGAGGUAUUCAAGCAUUGGAUCUGCCUCGUUGCCAGGUAAAAAUCUCUAGGAAUAAGAGAAAGACAUUUUCCUUGAGAAUAAUACUCCUUCUGGUUCUUCUACCCCUUGGUUCCUUGUUUGUAUGUCUUGCCUUCAUUUUUUAUCAAUAUCGAAAGUCCAAGAAGAUGAAUGGCUCAGUCGCGGUAUUGCAUGACCAACAAUUUCCUAGGCUUUCAUACCAAGAUCUACUACUAGCUACAAAUGAGUUUUCCCCAGGCAAUUUAAUAGGUGAAGGAAAAUACGGUUCGGUUUACAAAGGACUUCUAGAAUCACCCACACGAACAGUUGCUGUGAAGGUACUAAAUGUUGAAGUACGUGGAGCUAGCAAGAGCUUUUUGGCAGAGUGUGAAACAUUGAGGAAUAUUCGUCAUCGGAAUCUCAUCAAGAUCAUGACAGCAUGUUCUAGCACGGAUUUUAAAGGUAAUGACUUCAAAGCAUUGGUUUUUGAGUUCUUGAUAAACGGGAGUCUAGACAACUGGUUACAUCCCGGUCCUUAUCAAGAAAAUGAGAGAAACUUGACUCUACUUCAAAGACUUGAUAUUUCCAUUGAUAUUGCAAUGGGAGUGGAUUACCUACAUCAUCACAGCCAUACAAGUAUCAUUCAUUGUGUCAUAAAACCAAGCAAUAUUCUUUUGGAUGAGGAAUUUGUUGCUCGUGUCAGUGAUAUUGGUUUGGCGAGGUUCUCCUUUUUUAAUACAAGCAACAUUAAUCAAGCACAAUCGAGUUCAACAGGAGUCCGUGGAACAGUUGGAUACGUUCCUCCUGGUAACUUUUAAUACGAA